AUGUCCCAUGCCCCUGAUUCAUCUGACGGUCAGGCAGAAAAAGGACCUAAAGACACGUCUAUUAGCCGUCCUGCCACGACUUCUGGACAAAGAAACGAUGAAUCCCGGACCUACACAUCAUCGACAUAUGACUUUGAGACUGAAUUCCUAAGUCAUCAGGCAGCUGUAAAAGAAAGCAACUUUGAAAAAGCUAUACAAUCGUUUGUUAUGCUGCAAACCAACAGCUCAGAUAAUCCCGUAUUCCAGAAAUACGUUCUUACUAUUGCAGACCAUAUUGACCCUUCCAAAGAUACCCACAUGACCCGCUUCUUUGCUUCUCUUCCUGCACUGAUCCAGUCAACCAUAGUAGAAAGCGCAACAGGCUAUCUUGAAGAAGCCGAUACCUUUCGUGCAUUCCACGUCUUAUUUGAUUAUAUUCAAGCAUACCCACGACACGCGUAUAAAUACUUGGCCAUGAAACCAGAUGCCAGCAAGAAAUGCAUCAAAUUAUUAGUUACCGAACUGUUACCUCGAUUAUGGAAACAACGCGUGAUGCUGGCAAGAGGAGAUAAGCAGCCGUCCAUAAAAUCUACAGACAGCAAACACUACAUCGUCAUAUCCUACAAAUUAUUCGAACAGUACAUGCUGGUUGGCCAGCAAUAUUAUAUUGAACAACGUGAAUGGGAAGAAUUGACAAAAUUCACUUGUGCGAUGUUGGACUGUAGCGGAUAUGCUCGUCUUGGUAGAUUAUGCUUUCAAUCUCAUGUCAACAGAUUCCAAUAUCUCAAAAACCAACGAUCAUAUAUCAGACUCGAUCUCGAAGACAGCGAGUCUGAUUCACCUCCGUCUGAUGGCACACACUACCACGAAGAGCUUCAUGUGGCAGUGGCAUUCAUGUGUGAGUUUAUGGCAGUGGCGGCCCAGUUUGUCGAAUUUAGCCACGAGUACUACAGAGCAGUGUGUGGUCUGGAUGACAAUGCGCCCAACAAAGACGAAAAGACGUGUUUGAUUCCUGUGUGUGCUAUACAGCCCUCACUUGCACCUCAUCGGACACUCUUGACAAAUGAAUAUAAAGAAAACAAUAGCAACAACAAGAAUGAUACUGGUGUUAAUUGUGAUAAUGAUGAUGGCGAUGACGACGGUAACGAUGACGACGAUGGUAAUGAUGGUAUGGAUGACAGUAACAGGGGAGAAGAAAGACCCAAAAAAUCAAAGCCUGUCAAUACGUUAAUGGGAGGAGAUGCUCACUCUACCGAAACAGCCAACUCUAUUGACAAAAGUCGAAUACAAGACGAAAAUGGGAAUAGUGAAAACGACAGUAGCAAACGAAAAAAGGCUAGAAUGGAGCCAGCAACAUCAACAGCAGCGGGAGUUAAUUUAGAACGCGGAGAAGGACUGGAUUCCUACUGUAUGCGUGGUGUGGACGAAGCACUUCAGAUCUUAAGUAAAGCUGCCGACUGCCUGCGACACAUUGUCGAUCUCUGGGAGUGGGCUAAUGUUGCGGCACCUAACACAAACUGGGCAAACAUUUAUGGCAGCUGGGAACAAGAAUUUUGCAAGUCUAUUGAUACCUAUAAACUGCCAUUUGAUAUCCACAAUGCUGUCUUGUUAGUCAGAAGCGAUCUUGCCCUUUCAUCACCUUCGGUUCCUGGAAACCUAGCAAAGGCGCUUAAAUUGUCCCAGACGAUCUGUGAUCGUAUUGAGCUUCAGAGAAGACGAGAGAAGAAAGAUAGUGCAAGCGAACUUGAGUUUGAGAUUCCGUUUAUGUUUGCCUUUCGAGUACUCUAUAAUAUUGGAGUGAUCUAUCUGCUGGUUGGUAGCCUACAGCAAUCGACAUUGGAGAUUGCGAUUAUUCUUUCUGUAUUCCCUACACCGAAUGGACUUGAUGAAAACGAUUUUAUUGCGGAUGAAAAGGACUGCUACACCGCUGCCACGAUCUUCCAGGGCCACGAGUUUGGUAUGAUGAGAGUAACCCAAGAAGGUUUGAUGGUUCGGUGCAUCAAACACUUGAUUGUCAGUCUGGAUAGCGAAUCCGGACAAAAGGGCGGAAUGGCAUCGAUUGAUUCUGCAAUGCGAUGGGAUGAGAAAGCAGGAAAUAUGAUUGUGCUAAUGCAGUAUGGCUGGCCCUAUUGGAGCACACGCACCAACUUUUGGCAGAAGAUUAUCCAGCGCAUGCAAGAAAAGAAGAUCUUCAAGAACAGAUGUUUUCUAGAGUAUGUGUACGUACCAGAGAUACUUCAGGCCAUCCAGAACCUCCACGAGACGAAUGCGGUCACUUUGGACAUCAUACCACCAGAGUUUGCCAUGCGAAACAACUAUCUUCAUCUGGCUGCAUCAUCCUCGGCAUCGGUAUCGGGAUCCACACCAUCAUCUCCUCAACCGUCGUCCCCACCAGGUGAGUCUGGUAACCAAGACGACGAUCGAUCGACGACCUCAAUGUCUAUCUCGACCCGCCAACCGCACCUGCCGCCACCGCCACCGCCACUUUACCAGCCUUCAUUUACCAAUACGAUUCUGCCCAGCAUGUCGAUGUCACCAUCGUGGUACUCGGCAUCUACACAAAAGAACUCGCACGCAAAUUGGAUGUCGCCUUCGUUUUACUACAGUCGUCCUGCCACCUCGGUUGUGUUGCCCAAAAAGAGACGGUUCGGAGACCAUAUUCAGCAGGAUGAUAAUAGACCAGACCAACAGUCUCAGCGAUCGUUUGUGUCAAAGGAUAUCAUCAGUCGGUGUCUGGAGUAUCGCAUGCACAAAUACUCGCCCAAAAUGACUCCUCAGCGCAUGCGCCACGUUCUUCAAAAAUUCCUCAAAAACAUGGUCCUAAAGGCAAACGAAGAAGCCUAACAAAUGAUCCAAAUGGCUUGAGAAGGCUAUGGCAACGACCAAGAUAAAAGUCUUUUUUUUUGUUCUUUAUUUAUCUCUCUUUCGUUGAAGCUACUUGUUGUUUUCUUUCCCUCUUUCUCUUAUUACUGCUAUUCUUUUCUAUCAUCAUACACAUCUUGCAUAAGAGGAAUUUGGACCUCAGAAAAAAACUUGUUUCUAUACUACUACUACUACUACUACUACUACUACUACUACUACUACAAUUAUUAUUACUAUUACUAUUAUUACUACUACUAUUACUACCAUUACUAUUACUAUUUUUCCUUUCUUUUUCUUUAGUGUUUUCUUAUCCCUUUUUUUUUGCCUUGUUGGAGAACCUCGUUUUAUGUACAUACAACAAAUCUUGAUCAAUUUACUUUUUAUUUUAUUUUCUUUUAACAUCUUACCAAAUAUCACUCAUUCCUUCCUUCCCUUUCUUUUCGUUUUGUUCUUUUUCUUUUAUCGCAUCCUUUCCUCCCUCCAAUGUUUCGGUUUUAUAUAUAUAUAUUAUUUUCUUUUAUAAAUAAAAUAAUAAUAAAAAAAAA